UCUGCUGCCUGUGUGCGUUUACAAAUCGAUUUCAAUAAGUUUGUCGGUGUUUGUCGGGAAAGCUCAGACGGUGAAACAGACGCUAUCAGACGUUGCUCGCGAGCGGUUGUAACGGUACCGUAAGAGCCGCCACAAAACUUAUCAUUUACAUACGCGCGCGUAACGGUUUAGAAUCAUUUUUUGCCCAAAGAAGCGCAACAGCGGCACGGCGUGUAUAUAGCGGUAAAUAUCGGCGGGACAGGCAAUUAUUUGCCAAGCAGAAGAAAAGUGCUAAAUGAAAGAGAAUGAGACACAGUCGACAGACGAACAGAAGACGAUGUUGAUUGAGUGCAUUUCGCGCGACAUUCCCUGAGAGAAAAAGAAACAAAACAAGUGAGGAGAGAGCGAGACAACUAGUGAGUGAUAGCGGGCCAGAAGUGCAACAUAAAGCUCAGCGCUACAACACCACAAGCCACACAGUCACACACAGACACACUGUGCACCCCACCGAGUGAGCGAAACAGCAAAUGAACUUCAAUCCGGCCAGCGUUGUAGCCGCAGCAGCAGCAGCCGCCCACAAUACGCACCACACCCACCCGCACCACCUGCAUCAGCACCACCAUCAUAGCCAGCAGCCGCACAUAAUCCCACUGCCCAGCUACAGCAGCCAGCCAGCGAUAGUGGUGGGUGUGGGCAGCGGGACAGGACUCGGAAGUGGAGGAGGUAACGCGGGAAAUACAGCUGGCAAUAUUUCGCCCAAAAUCAUGGAAUGGACCAACGACGAUGCCCUGGAGCUCAUCGAACAGUAUCGCUGUCACACGGAGCUCUGGAACCGGGCCGAUCCCAAGUACAAGGACAAGCUGUGCCGUUUCCGGGCCUGGUCGGAAAUCGCCGAACGCUUCGGCUGCAGCAAGGCCGAGGUGGAGCGCAAGAUGAACGUCCUGCUCACCCAGUACCGGCGCGAGAAGCAUAAAAUGUUUGUGAAAAUCUACCAGGGCAUCCAGCCCAAUCCGUCCAAGUGGUACGCCUUCAAGCGGUUCGAUUUCAUGGAGGCCGGCGGCGGCAGCCUCAGUGGUGGCGUGGGCGGUGGCCCCGUCGGUGGUGUCCUGACCAGCGCCGGCAGCAACAUUGUGGCCAACCCUGUGGCCACCUCGGCGGCGGCAGCAGCCAACCACAAUGGCCUCAAUGGACUGGCUGCAGCGGCAGCGGCUGCCUACGAGAGCAGCACCAUUGCAGCAGCGGGCAAUGGGGGAGCCCCCGGAAUGGGAGGAACAACACAGCCCGCCAUGCAGCACAGACGCAUCAAGACCAAAGAGCUGAAAUACUUCGGAGCGAUGGGCCUCAACAUACCCAUGCUGAUAGCGAACAGCCAAACGCUGGACAGCUGGAAUACGGCGGGCCAGUACUCGCCGCCGAUAUCAGGGUCCGCGGGCAGCGAUCGUGGUGGCAGUGCCGGAGGAGGAGUGGGGUCUGCAUCCCAGCAGCAGCAGCAACAACUGAGAGUACCCUUGCCCAUGGCGUACGGAAAUGCGGGUACCCCCUAUGCUGGCGGCGGGCCGGGUAGCAGCAGCAGCGAGUUCCAGCCGAGUCCCCACAAAACCAUGGACACCUCCGACAACGAGGACAACAACAACAAGGAGGAUGCAGCGGCGGCGGCAGCGCUGGGGCAACUGGCGGCCAAAGUGGAACGCCGGUCACCUCACUCCGCGACAAGUGGCGGACCUGGCGGUGGCCCCGGCGGAGGAGGAGGAGGAGGCAGCAGUCGAGACGCCAACGAUCCCGGUAGCGAUCCCGCAGAGCGGGGGCCCUUGAGCGAAGCGGGAUCCAGUCCCAUACCCAACACCAAUAUGCACGAGGCGCACAAGAAUCAUCUGCUAUCCAGUCCGGCGGCGGUAAGAGCCUCCACGCCCCGCCAGGCGCACGAGCAGCUCCUCCAUCCGCACGUACAUCCGCACCAUCUGCAGCAGCAGCAACAGCAGCAGCAGCAGCAGCAGCAGGCCUCCCAGCAGUCCCAUCCACACCAUCCGCACCAUGGCCAUCAUUCGGAUGAGCUGGACAUCAAGCAGGAGAUGGUGGACUACUUUCAUGGCCAGCCCGUGGGUGGCGCAGUGACGGGAGCCGUCGCCCCACCAGCCCUCGAAUCGCAUCGUUCCUACAGUUCGGCGGGCGAGGAGAGCCGCCUGCCGCUGGACAUGGCCCAGGACCUGCGGGUGGCGGCCCAGGCCAAGGCCAACUUCGGAGCCUUCGUCCUGCCGCCACGCAGCGGCACCACCACCUCGGCGACAGCCAUGCCCCUGAACAUGAGGAAGCUGACGGCUGCCUCCAGUGCCGCCGGCCAUAUGCUGAUGAACUCUCUGCUCAGCUCUCGGGAGAGCAUGUCCGACGGCGAGGAGGCGGACAACGAUGAGGCCACUGAAUCGGCCGCCAGUCCAGGCCACGUUAAGAGCAGUGUUUCGGCCCAGGAUGCCAGCUCGGCGGCAGCGGCAGCGGCGGCAGCCACCGCCUUCUAUGCGGAAAGCCUGAGCCGCGACGACUGCGAUUUCGUGGGCUCCAAUGUGUCGAUGAAGCUGCGGACGAUGGACCGCACCCAGCGGAUCAUUGCCGAGAAGCUGAUCAGCGAGGUCCUCUACUACGGACAGUUCAACGAGCUGGAGCGCACGGCACGGAUCCUGCCCAAGUGACAGUGGCGCCUCAAGAAGUGGACGACCGCGACGACGAGUACAACAGCUGCGGCUGGGACUGGGACUGGGACGACGGGCGGGACACCGAUGAUGGGCCUGGGUCUCGGUCUCGGUCUGGGCCUGGGCUACGGCACGGCGGGGCGGGGACACUUGCGGUCAGAGCAUGGCAAAUAAAUGCAACGAAAUUCCAUUUAUAAAGAAAUAGUCAAAGCAAACCAACAAACAACCAACAAACAACCAACAAACAACAACAAACAAAAUACAAAAACAGUACAAUUUAUUUUUAGUUCUGCGCCAGGAUUCCCCCACGAAUCGAAGGGGGUCACACACCACUUGUACAAAGGACGAGACGAGGGGCAGCGUUACUUAGGGGAAAGCUAUAGAAAGGUUAGAGAAAAGGUACUUACACGAGAGGGAGACGCGGCAUUAGGCAUCGUCCCCGUUUGAAAAGCGAAACAAAACAAUAAGCAAAUGAAACACAAACCAAAGUUACUUUCUAUUCGGUUCUUGGGGGGCUGCAAAAACAAUAGUUGUUUAUUUUUUGUUUUUUUUUUUUAUUUUUUUAUGUUUGUGCUUCAAUAUUAAAUAACGAAAUACAUAAAAUACAUAGAUCGUAUAAUAGUUUAGAGAGGGUUAGAGUGGAUCGGGGAAACGGUAGGUGGGGCGCGCAUAUACCUGAGACAUCUAGCUAGCAGAAUCUCAGUAUUACACAUGAAAUACACUUUUACAUAGACCAUAGAAAGACGAAGGGAACGCCCCUGACGGGGGCUGACGGGAGGAACGGAACAGAUCCUGUAAAGCAUUUUGCCAUGUUUAUAGCUAGAUUCUUGGGUCACACACACUCGCUCGUCCACUUCUAGGCACUUCUAGCUACCAGAGCCGAACCCCUACCGACAUACACCUCGCUCUAAGAGAAAGACAAGGAAGGGGAAUUACUAAAAAGGAAAACUCAUGUUCCGAAAGAGCUGAUUGAUGCAGAAAGGCACUUGUAAAACCUAUAUUAAACAGCUAUGUAUACAUGUAUCUGUCUAUGGAUAUAUGUAUGUAUGUAUGUAUAUGUAAAUGGAAACUAUAUAUAUAUAUAUAGUGUAUAUCAUUGUACCUUAUUUUGAAACAGAAAUGUUUCGUUAGUCACAUAAGUCUGGUCGUCGCAGAACACAGCAAUCCAAAACCCAACAACAACAACAACAACAAAAAACUGAAACCAACCAACAGAAAAAUACCACAAAAUAAUUUUUACCUUAUGUUAUACAAAUAUUUGUCGUCACUAGUUUGUUGAAGAAUAAAAAAACCAACAAAUAAGAUAUAUAAAAAAAAAGAAGAAAAAACCAAUGGAAACUAAAGUUAAACAAAAAAUACACUAUUAUAAAUAUUGUUGUAAAAGGAAAUGUAUUUUAAUUAUUUUUUUUUCCGUUUAUGUUUUAUCGUAAAUUUUUUCGUAGGUCGUAAUGAUUUUUGCAUAAUAUUUAAGUAGUUUUUAUUUUUGUAUGCAAAGCAGAGCGAGCAGAAAAAAAAGAAAAAGGAGAAAGAAAGAAGAGAAGAAGAGAGAAACAACAUUGAAUUAAUUUAUAUAAAUUACAAAUACUAUAUAUAUAAAUGUAUACCUAAUAAAAAUAUGGGCAAAUUAGUUAGUCACCUAAAUGAGAGAAAGAGAUAGAGAUGAUGAUGAUUAUGAUGAUGAUGAUGAAAUGCAGCUUCGGCUUUUGCUGUUGCUGCGUUUUUUUAGCCGUAGUUUUUACAUUAGUCUAGUGAAAAAGCAACAACAAAAAAGUCCAAACCGUAAAACAAAAAGUCAAGUGUAAAAAAAUACAAUACAAUAUAUAAAUUAAUUGUCUGUAAAAUUAGCAAGAAUUUGUUUGGCAUCGAUGUGUGGUGGUGUGCAAGAGUGUGUUCUGUGCGAGUGUGCAUGGAAGGUAAACCGAAAAUGGGUUUUUUUGUGAGUGUGUACAAGAACAGAUAACAGAUAUAAAAAAAAAACGUAAAAAUAAAUGUGUGUACCUAUUUGUCUGACAAGCAUUGUAAUAGCUAAA